UAGAAAUCAAGGCUCAUUCAUACCAUUGAAGGUAUGCGCUUAUUGGGGAAAUCACGCAGCUCGUGACACUCGGGUCUAGAUCUCCAACUAACCGGGAUGCUCUGGAAGUUGUAAAUCUACCAGUGCAUGCGCUACUCUGGAGAAUUGUCGUUUGGUGAUCCUGGAGCCAGGUUGUUGCCGGUACCUUCUGCAGUCGGGGGAGGGUGGACGCAACAUCGAUCAAGGACCCGGAAUCGUUGAAUUAUCAACAUCUUACCUUGAGAGUGCCCCUGAGCUAGAUCAGCACACUGGGUAUAUAAUCAACGCCAAAGACGCUCAAGAGUGAAUGAUGUUGAUAUCCAAACCCAUUCACGGAUCUGUCUCCCUUACCAUCCUUUCCCGGUGUUUUCCUCCACCAUGGACUUUUGUCUCUCUCCCGUCCACUCUCGCAGUCCCACUGACACGGGAUCUCCGUCGAUCUCCCGCGCCCAGUCCUUGCCCAAUCUCAACUCGUUGCCAGGUACCCCCGGUACCGAGCGGGAUGUGCUCUUCGGCCAGUUCACCUCCCCCGGAGCGCUGGGACCAGACGACAACGAGUACGUGCUGGUCGUGGGCGGCCUGGGCUACAUCGGCAGUCAUACUACGUGGGAGCUGCUCAAGGAUGGUUACAAUGUUGCGGUUAUUGACAACCUGAGCAACGCGUUCACUACCGUUCUCGACACGCUGAAUCGAAUGGUUGAUGAUCAUGCCCAGAAGAAUGAGCUGCGUCGCCCAGACCUGCAUUUCUACGAGGCUGAUUUUCGAAACGACAGCAAAGUGCAAGAGAUUCUCCAGCGAUAUGCGGCUGGCACUGGUGGUUCCUUGAUCAAAGGAGUCAUCCACUUCGCCGCGUACAAGUCCGUCUCCGAGAGCAUCCAAAACCCUCUCAAGUACUACAACAACAACGUCAGCGGCCUGAUCAGCUUCUGCAGCACGCUCUCCUCCUUCAACAUCAAAAAUCUCGUCUUCUCCUCCUCUGCGACCGUCUACGGGUCCCUUGCCGACAAGGGCGGCUGCCUCCCGGAGGAGUUGUGCACGCAUGCCGAGACAAAGUGGACCGACGCCAACAACCAAGCCCGCACUACGCUGGCAGGCUGCACGGGUCUGACCAAUCCCUACGGGCGGACCAAGUGGAUGUGCGAGGCCAUUCUCUCCGACCUGGCUCUUGCAGAUCCCGCCUGGACGGUUGUGGCACUACGGUACUUCAAUCCGGUUGGGUGCGAUGAAUCGGGCCUGCUGGGCGAAGAUCCUCGCGUGACGCCGACCAAUCUGAUGCCGGUUGUGCUCAAGGUCAUGCUGGGGGAAAUGGACCAUCUGAGCGUUUUUGGAACAGACUGGGAUACCCCUGACGGCACGGCUAUCCGCGACUUCAUCCACGUCUCCGACUUGGCGAGAGGCCAUCUAGCCGCGCUCUCCACCAAGAUGCAGGGCUUCCACAGCUUCAAUAUCGGCACCGGGACUGGCCACUCCGUCACGGAAGUGGUCGACGCGAUGCGGGAAGCUUCAGGCAAGGAUAUCCCCGUCGUCCGGGUUGGGCGUCGCGAUGGAGACGUCGGCAUGUGUGUGGCCGAUCCCGGCAAAGCCAUAUCUGAGUUGGGUUGGAAGCCGCGCAAGACACUCUUCGACAGUUGCCGGGACCUGUGUCACUUUCUCCGUACAAGUGGAGUCGACAUUGCAGGCGCGUAGAGCCGGGGAUGAUCUCACCUCUGGCCCGGAGACUGGGGUACAUCAUCUUGGACUUCAUGGUGGUAGUAUCGGUGGUUGAUACUUGGCGUGUUAUCUUCAGAAGGAGGCUGUUCGCUUAUGUUUUAAUUUUAUGUAAUUCCUGAUCAAUCAAUUCAUUAAUUUCCAC